UAAUGGAGGAGGAGGCGAGGGCCGAGGAGGAGCAGAGGUAAACACAAACAGCCAAGCCGCCGUGAACCUUCACCUAAAACACUAAUAUAAAGAAGAAUACAAGGAGAAGAAGAACCCCGGAGCUCUAUAACAGUCUCCUUUCAUCCAGCUCCUCAGAAUCAAGGCCUAAAAACACAAAACUCAGCCCCAGGAACACUGCAGAGGAGGAGGACUGCCCCCUCGUCGCCGCGGGCCGGACAGAUGAGCAGAAAGAGAAAUUGUACUGGAUAACUCCUCCCGCGUAACUGAGUGCAACGAUGAAGGUAGGCUGCCACCACCCCACAAUGAGGGUCGAAACCCCCUGCUCAAUGGAGAGAGAGUGGAGAGAAGCAGCUGUUGCAGUUUGAGGAGUGUCACCGUCGAGGAGAAUUGGGUCGCAGUUUUUCCCACCUGUCCCUGGCUCUCCUCCUGUGCCCUAACCUCAAGAACUCGUACUAUUCUACUUACCUGGAAAUAUUUGAGAAAUGGAGCAAAAAUGUUGAAGAAAACCAAGGCUUGUCAAAGGUGAUGACCUUAUUUGAGGUUGCCCUGAAACAUUACCCACAGUCCUCUGACCUGCACCACCUUUUGGCUGGGACACUAUACAGGUACUGAAGGAGCAGUGUCAUAGCUGUUUACUCUUACAUUGCAGCUAAAUUCACAGUAUACCACAUAGUUUUGUGUGUAAUGAAGCAUCAUCAGUUUUAGGUAAACCUUGUUGAUUUAUUUUAUUUAUUUAUUUUUUGUAAUCAUCUUUAGGCAUGUCAUUUGGUCACUAACAUUAGUAAAGAUAGUAACAGUGGGAGGCAUAUUUUCCUUCAUAGGAAAAUAAGAAUCUUGUUGAAUGUUUAAGUAAUGCUAGUUGUCAUUUUUAUAGAUGUUUUACAAGAGAGUUGCUUUGCAGCAAAAUAUCUGAUUUGAAUAACGUAAGAUAACUAUUGUACAUUUUUGCAUAACUGUAAUUCAUGUGUGGCUGCAUUAGCUAUUAGUGUUUUUGAAUAAUUGAUGCAACUUGAAAAAUGGCCAUUGUAAUAAAUGUUGUCAUGACUAGAAUAUGUCUCAUAGUGGUACAUUUUUUGUGUUUGUAACAAGUGCAACAAAUAUCCUGACUUCUGUUUCAUUCGUCACUUUGGAAAUGAAUUUUCUGUGACCUAGUGAUUAUAUUCUUGUGAUUGUACUUGCAAUACAUCAAAUUUCACACUGACUGACUGUUGAGCAAAUUUUCAACAAUGUCUUUAGAUACUUGGCGUUCUCUUUUUCGAGAGUGUCUCAGAGGGCGAGGCAGUCAGUACUGUGACGAAAUUAUUCCUCUACUGGUGGCUGUGGACCAGGGAGUCAAGCCAUCCUUAUUGUGGGAUGUAUGUACAGCCGACACAUCUGACCUGCUGGCUCUUCUCAAUCAAGCACGAUCCAAGGGCCUCUUGGUUUCAAAGUUGGUCUUAGUUGAGUUAGGCCUUGAUGUCUUUAUAGCAAAUGUACCUGCAGUGACUCGUACUCUGGUGACCAUUAGUGGGGCCUCUCCAAACUGGCUUAUUGAUAUAAGCGCAGCUGAACCAAAAAUAGCCAGCACAGAAGCACACCAAGAGUUCUGUACCCACCUCACCUCUAUUAUGACUCAGCUCAACAUGGAUGAGGCAGACAAAGAAAGUUCUGCGAGCACUCCAAGCAUUUCAUCUCAGCAGAAUGACUUAGGGAGUGCUCCUCAAAAUGAAAAUCCAUCAGGCCCAGCUUCUGCUCAGAAAGCCAUUAAGGCUUUGGAGGUCAAACUUCCUGAUGAUGUCAAUCUGAGCACUGUGUUUGGUUGUAUGCUUGGAUACCCUCACAUAUAUUGGUGGGAGGGAGAAUCCGGGGGAAAUAGUCUCUCUGGCAUGCCACUGAAAGUGUUCAAAUUCAGUGCCACCUGCUCCAUAUGUGAGUCAGUUGUUGAACUGUUCUCCUUCAGUGUGCCUGAGGUCUUGGAACCAGAAUUAAGGCCUGGUAUUGAACAUUGGGGAAAUGUCGUAAAUGUUAGAAUAGAGGAGGCAGCAAGCUAUUCAGCUGCUAAAUUCAAAUGUGAUUCAGUUCUGUGCCUCUCGGUGGCACUAUAAUUGCUUGUGAACAAAAUGCCAUUGGGAUGAAAAUUAAUUUGUAUCAUUCUGGAUAAUGUAGUUAAAACUAAUUUCUGAUUAAAAGACUCCUUUGUUUUAUUAACCCGUGGGCUUCGGCUAUGGGAAAGCCGAGAAGUGGCCGAGAAACGGCAAAAUUACACUGCAUUUUGAUACUAAGAAAAGAGCAGGGAACGUACAUCAGAGUACUCCUCUCAUAACCAUAAAGCUGUUAAAGAUAUUUACUUUUACUCAAACUCCAUUCUUUUUGGGUGGUGUUUGUUACAAAAUAAACAGUCUUGUGACGCAUGGCAUCUAGCCGAGAGUCGCUUGUUGUCUACUUUAGAGAAUUUGACAAGUGAUUACUGUGUGGAUAGCUAAUUCAGUCUGCCAUGACCUUACAGCUCCACCUAUGACAAAAAAGCCCAUCUCAAGAUCACUCACCCACCACUGUGACCCAGGGCAUGUAUGGUGGGUUGCUUUAUGCCACCACCCUCUACAAUUAGCUCGAAUUAUGGGUUUUAUGGUGAGCCCUUUUUAGGGUCCACCGUACCACAGCCACGACUCGUGAAAGCCCAGAAAAGGGUCUGCCGACGUUCUCGGGUUAAGAAUGGCAUCAUACACUAAUAUCUUUAAAAAAAAAAAAAAAAAAGCAGCACAAUUCACUUUUUUUUUAUUUUUUUUUUAUUUGUGAUAAUAACUGGAAGGUCUGGAGGAAGUGUUUGAAACAAACUGCUAGAAGAUGAUCAUCGAACAACUAACCUUAUUAUGAGAAAUGAUGAAAAGUAAAUGAUGAUGAUGGAAAUAGUAAAAAGUGGAAAUGGGUGAUUAAGACCUGGCCCGAAGUGAAGGUUGGUGAGUGAGAGGAGAAAAAAGGGAGAAAAGAAAACAAAGUAUUACAAGUAUGGUAAUAAAUUUUUGCUUUGUAAUGGACCUAGAUUUCCAUGCAGCUUGUACCACAUGUAUAUGUUCACAGUGAGAACUGUCAUCCACAUUCCUGUGCUGUGUAGUGGUCAUGUGAUUACACCAGCUCUGUGCGGCUUAGUGAUCAUGUGAUUGCACUGCCAGACAGACAGAUCAUAUAGUCAAUUGUAAGGGUAUCAUAUAUAGAUUUUUGGUAGGGAGAGUUGAAGAUCAAAGAAAUUAUCAAUAGUACAGCAGUGGUUGCCUGGACUUUAUUGCACAAAUAUGAUGUAUUCCUGCAGUAAUGCCUUUGAAACCAUGUGGCUUAUGUCUGCCAAUGUGUUACACUUUGUUGUGCCACCAUGUCACAGAGUAGACCUUCAUCCACUGAUAAUGUAAGGAAUGUGCAGAUGUAAGCUAUCUCUUGGUGAUGGUGCCUCAUAGAUACUUGAAGAUAUUCAAGUUAUAUUCUAAAUAGUUUUGCAUAUUUUGUAACCUAACCCAGAUGGCUGGUUUAGGGGACAUGCCAGUCAGUGCAGCACCAAAUGCAGAGUCUGUAUGUUAGAUGGUGUCAUUCUCUUACUGCUUGAUACUUUGUGAAUUCAUAGUAAUUAUAAAUGGCAGACCUAGUUUAAACAGUGUCCUGUUUUGUGUUUACAUAUUUAUAAAACAGCUUGGUUAUGGGGAAAUCAGGAAAUCACUGUGAAGGUGUUCAUCCAGGUCUUGGUUCGCAGCAGUCACUCAAAAUUUUCAGGAACAGUAUUACUUUUCUCUUUGGCAACCCAAGUAGUGCAUAUAAGUUAUCUCUAAAACCUUCAGAGUAUCAAUCAUAGGCACAUUUUUUUCUAUGGUAAUGUGAUGGCUUCUGGCAGCUUGUCAGUGUGGAGCAAUGAAUACAGGAUGAUUGUGAAAAGGCUUUUCCUGGAGCAGCUCCUUCAUGAUGCUUAUCUUGAUGAAUUCAGUCAUUCAGAAACUUGCAUUUUGUGUCUGUACUGUUACUGGCUCAAUAAUUUUAUGAGAAAUGGAUACUGUAGGCUCUUUUUGAGUAAAUUAGGCAUUAUUACUUAGAUAUUUCCAAAUUAGGCCCAAAAGAAGCCUCUUGCUUAAACAUCCAGGCUCCAGUGAUGUGAUAUAUUUAUGCAGAUUCAGCUGUUCUUUUAUAAAAUUCUGUUGAAUCCUGAUGUGCAAUAAAAUGUAAAGCCUCA